AUGUUUAAAAGCCCACAAGCUCGAAGUUUAUCAUGUAGCUUGCAGUACAUCCCCCUUAAUAGUUUGGCAUGGAUUCAGUUGGAAAACUUCUACACAAAUGAUCAUGUGAACCUACCAGAGAGCCUGCACCUACCCCGGACCUCUGCAAAGGACUUGGGAGCAAAGGGGCUAGUAGUAUUCACAUUCUGGUCUCUCCCUUCCAGGUCAGUGAACAAUUUCCUGAUGACAGGCCCAAAGGCCUACCUGAUCUACUCCAGCAGCGUGGCAGCAGGGGCCCAGAGCGGCAUCGAGGAAUGCAAGUACCAGUUUGCCUGGGACCGCUGGAACUGCCCCGAGAGAGCGCUGCAGCUGUCCAGCCACAGCGGGCUACGCAGUGCUAAUCGGGAGACAGCAUUCGUGCACGCCAUCAGCUCCGCGGGGGUUAUGUACACACUGACCCGCAACUGCAGCCUUGGAGACUUCGACAACUGUGGCUGCGAUGACUCCCGCAACGGGCAGCUUGGGGGCCAGGGUUGGCUGUGGGGUGGCUGCAGCGACAACGUGGGAUUUGGGGAGGCCAUCUCCAAGCAGUUCGUAGACGCUCUAGAGACGGGGCAGGAUGCCCGAGCCGCCAUGAACCUGCACAACAACGAGGCCGGACGGAAGGCCGUGAAGGGCACGAUGAAGCGGACGUGCAAGUGCCACGGCGUGUCGGGCAGCUGCACCACUCAGACGUGCUGGCUCCAGCUGCCCGAGUUCCGAGAGGUGGGCGCCCACCUCAAGGAGAAGUACCACGCGGCCCUGAAGGUCGACCUGCUGCAGGGGGCGGGCAACAGCGCGGCGAGCCGGGGAGCCAUCGCGGACACCUUCCGCUCCAUCUCCACCCGGGAGCUGGUGCACCUGGAAGACUCCCCCGACUACUGCCUGGAGAACAAGACCCUGGGCCUGCUGGGCACCGAGGGCCGCGAGUGUCUGAAGCGGGGCCAGUCCCUGGGCCGCUGGGAGCGCCGCAGCUGCCGCCGGCUCUGCGGGGACUGCGGGCUGGUGGUGGAGGAGCGGCGGGCCGAGACCGUGUCCAGCUGCAACUGCAAGUUCCACUGGUGCUGCGCGGUGCGCUGCGAACAGUGUCGCCGGCGGGUCACAAAAUACUUCUGCAGCCGUGCCCCGUGGAAGGCUCGGGCCUUGGGGAAGCGGGCGGCUGGGACCGGCCGCACACUUUCCCUUGGAAUUUUCCCGAGGCCUCUCGGGGCCGGGGGGGGGUGA